AUGCGGAUUCUGUGUCUCAUUAUUAUACUCUUACGCUUUGGAGCAUCUGGAAAUACUGCUGAAUAUGCUGAGGCCAGCACAACAAGAAGCUGGUGGAAUGCAGUGCCUCGGCUUUUGAGCGACAUUGUUACCAUCAAGGCAAACAUUCUAACAGCCGGUCCCCUCGAACUGGCUGCCAGUGCAAUCGAUGUUUUGUGUUCCUCCACUCUUUUUAUGGACAAAGUGCCUCCGCAAAUCACUCCAGAUAUAAAGAAAAUGAAUUUUCAGUACAUGACUCCGUGCCAGAACUAUAGUGUUCCUCUGCUGGAGGCCUCGAAGCUUUGGAGGCACUCGAGAUUCAGCAAAGGACGAAAGGUGGUUAUCUUGGCCACCGGAUGGACCAACACCGUGAACGAAUCCUCCGCCAUUUCGAUGAUCUCCAAGGCUUUCAUGUGUCGUGGCGAUGUGAAUUUUGUUAUUGUGGAUGCUGCUGACUAUGUGGACACCUUGUACUCCUGGUCGGCCCUGAACACGGAUUUAAUUGGCGAGCACAUUGGCGUGGGUCUGACCCAUCUUAUAGAGCUGACCCCACUUAGAAACAUCCACUUGAUUGGACAUUCCCUGGGAGCUCACAUCAUGGGCACUGCUGGUCGGACAUUUAAACGUCUUACUGGAAAGCUAAUACCCAGGAUAACUGGCCUAGAUCCGGCCAAACCCUGUUUCAGGCGGGAGAACAUCUUGCCGGGCUUGACGCGCGGCGAUGCCAAGCUGGUGGACAUCAUCCACACCAACAUUGGCAUUUUGGCCAAACGUGGCCCACUGGGGGAUGUUGAUUUCUAUCCGGGCGGAGCACAUGCCAUUCAGCCCGGCUGCCUGACCAUCUCUUGCUCACAUACCAGAGCAGUGGAGUAUUUUGCAGAGAGUGCAUAUCCUCGCCAGGGGAAGAAUUUCAUGGGAACCAAGUGUGCUUCCUGGGAGAAUCUAAAAAGGCGGGACUGUUCUGCUGGUAUAGUUUCCCCAAUGGGCUAUAAAAUGACUCCCCAAGCUAGGGGAAUGUACUAUGUGGAAGUUAACAGCUGGCCUCCUUAUGGCAGGAACUCGAAGCAAACUAUUGAUCCUAAAUUAAGGACUUGCUAUUUGUGUCAGGAGUGA